CUAGCUGGCCAGUGCAACCAUUGCAAAUAUUGCAAACAUGAAAAGGGCGAAUUUAAACUUUUGAAAUUCACUCAGUGCUUAAUGUUAUAUAUUCGUGUCGUGCAACAAUCGAAAUGAAUUACAUUUCACCACUGGGUCUCACCAAUUUUUAACGCGCCAAUUUUUUAGGGUUUCAGUGAAAUGAGCAGCGUGCCAACUGAAAACGACAAUGCCGAGAUGAUGGUUCGAAAAGCUUUUGUGGUUGGCCGUCACAAAUCAGUAUGGAUUGGCACAUACCACGAUUUGGGGAAACAGUUAUCGUUGUCUGAAAUGGGAAAGAUUAAUGAAGAAUAUUAUGUCAUAAAAACAAUGGAGACUUUUGAGGAUGGAGAGAAAACAUUUUUCAACUUAAUUCCAGUUACGUGGGUGAGUGGUGGAAAUGGAGGAGUAAAUAGUGCUACUCUGGAAUGCAAGUUUUUGUUCCCUGAUGAUGCAAGUACUAGAGGGUCAGCGAUUGGUGAACCAUCCAGUUGGCAGCAUAAGUCUUUUAAGCGAUUUUUACAUCCAACCACAGAAUGGAUGGAGUUCACUGGUAUUGUAAUCGCAAACAAAGCAGGGAAAUUAAAAUGUUUUAGAUUUGGAUCUUUAAGCUCGUCUUAUCAAAAAACACUGUGAUGACAACCUUCCAUUUGAAGAAUGGACGGACUUUAACAAAGAUUGCUCAAUUGCCAAAUAGCGAAGAAGUAAACUGCCUGCUAAAAUUGCAGGACAGCCUCGUGUUCUAAAAAAGGUGGCCAGCAAACACGUUACACCACUUCGCACCCUCACUCAAGAUUCUGAAGGAGAUGAUGGUGACUACGAAAGUGAUUCAUCUUUGUUGUCCACCAACGCGGCACCUCUUCGAAGCAGGGUCCAACCCUCUUUUACUACAACAACUCAAGUAAUAGCUGCUGGACCACUAACUCAACUAGCUGCUGGACCACCAACUCCACUACCUACUGGUCAAACAACUCCACAAGCUUCGCUGUACAUGCCUUACUCGUCUUCAUUCCAACCUCAAAUAGAUGUAGGCGAUAAUGUUCGUGGUAAAAACGUUUAAUCUAUUAUCUGUUCAACAAUAAACAACGGAAAUGCCAUAUCAUAGGAGUCUUUUCACCUGCUAUGUCUAGCAUUCAACAACGAAUUUUGUUUUAACGCAUGUUUACUUUCCCGGAGAAGGGCCAUUACUAGUCGAGUGCAAUUCUCUAUGUAAUGCUGUUUUGUUACUAACAGAUAAUGUCAUUUUCACAUUUAUUUGUUGUCAUCCGUUCGGAAAGCCUACAGCUUUUGAAAUUAGUUGAAUACAUCG